AUGGUGACAGUGCCCCGGGGAGAAGGGGCGGCUCGGAGAGAGCCCGGGGGGAGGCGGGGGCCGUGGGGCGACAAACCCGAGACCCGCUCCGUGUGCGGCAGCGAUAGCGGCAGCGACAGCAACCCCGGCGGCGCCGGCCCCAUCUGCAAGAUCUGCUUCCAGGGCGCCGAGCAGGGUGAAUUGUUAAAUCCUUGCCGAUGUGAUGGGUCGGUACGGUACACACAUCAAUUGUGCCUCUUAAAGUGGAUCAGUGAAAGAGGGUCAUGGACCUGUGAACUCUGCUGUUACAGAUACCAUGUUAUAGCAAUUAAAAUGAAAAAACCUUGCCAGUGGCAAAGCAUUACAAUAACACUGGUUGAGAAAGUGCAGAUGAUUGCUGUAAUCCUAGGAUCUCUGUUCUUAGUAGCAAGUGUGACUUGGCUUCUAUGGUCAGCCUUCAGCCCCUAUGCAGUAUGGCAAAGAAAGGACAUCCUUUUUCAAAUCUGCUAUGGAAUGUAUGGUUUUAUGGAUCUAGUGUGCAUAGGACUGAUUGUACAUGAAGGUGCAUCAGUUUACAGAGUGUUUAAGCGUUGGAGGGCUGUUAAUCUUCACUGGGAUGUAUUAAAUUAUGAUAAAGCUACAGACAUAGAAGAGAGCAAUCGAGGAGCAUCUUCACCGGGUAGGACAUUGUGGUUACCACUAACUGCAUUUAGAAACAGAAGUUUAAUUCAUCCAACACAGUUAACCUCUCCAAGAUUUCAGUGUGGAUAUGUAUUGCUGCAUCUGUUCAAUCGAAUGAGACCUCAUGAGGAUUCAUCAGAAGAUAACAGUUCUGGAGAGGUUGUGAUGAGAGUGACCUCAGUGUAAAGAUAAUGCUCACUGUGCUACACAAAUAAGGAUAAUGUGCCCUGGACUUUACAGUACUCCGGAAUGUAGUUGCAAUGAAUGGCACUUCUGAAAAUAUUUACAACUUUUAAAACAUUUAAUGCUUUUUAUAUGAUCAGUUGAAUUGCAAAUACAUUUUUCUGAAAAAGUUGUUGCUUGCUUUUUUAUAGUCUGGUAUAUUACAUAGUUUGGUCAAUUUGUACUUGAAAUUUAUAAAAAUAUAAUUUAACUCUCAUUGCCUUGAAUAAUGAGGAAACCAAUCUUUUAAGCCAAAAAUAUCUGUCAUAGCG